AUGGAUCAAAGUAAACCGGUGUUACUUAAUUUUGCGGAUAUAUAUGAAAAGUCCCCCCAUAACCUAACACUGACUUCGAGUAAAAAAGGAGAUGGAAAGAAGGAGGAAGGAGAUAGAGAAGGAAAAGAUGAAAUCUAUCGUCCCCCACAUCUGAAUCCCGUCUUUUAUGAGGAUAACUCUGCUCCGCAGAAGACAAUUUCGCGUGAAAAGCGCAGGGCAAUGAAACGUCUACUUGAAGAUCCCGACAUCAUGGAGGAAGAAGAUUUGCCGACUGAGAUUUACUAUGGAGCCGCUCAUACAACGGCCAAAUACCUCGAGAAAAUGCGUGAAAGAGAGAAGUACGAGGAAGAGAAUUUCACUCGAUUGCCUCACACUAAACGUGAUAAACUAAUUCAGAAACAGCUUGAACGUGGUGAAGUGUCAUUUGGUGGCAUGAGGAAGGACUAUAUCAAAAAGAUUCUCGAGAGUUCGGAUGACGAGGAAGAGUUGGCCUUUAUCAAAAUGACGGUAAAAUAA